CAAAACAAACGCCAACAACAAAAUAGUCAUUCAGGACAUUCUACGUCACUUUCUCAUCUGAAUCCUCCAAAGCUGGAGAAGAGAAUGAACACGGAAACACGUAAAGCUAGGAAAACCCAAACAAAUAAUAAAAUUCAAUCACCUUUUUGGCUUUCAAAUAUAGAAGUUAAAAACUGAGUAUUCACCACACGGAAAAAUUAUAAUGUGCAGAUUAAUCUGCCCACAGGAAUCAUUUAUCCCAAUAAGAGCUUUGAAUUUGUAACUAUAAUUUUUUAGGAUACUAUAACAUCUUAAAGACAAAAAAACACGGUUUGAUCAUCCAUGUCAACCAAAGGAACCAAUUAACACUAUUGGCUUCCUAAUUCUAUCCCACAGAAGGAUCCUAUACACAGUUCUCCCUCCAAGUUCAUGCUAUAAAUAUAGCAAUUCCAAUUCUAAGCUCCAAAAAAUUUGCUGGCCCUUAGCAGCACUUCUUGCAAUUCAAAUAGCAGCAUUUCUCACAAAUCCUUUCAUUCACUUGCAAAAACAUGGCGACCAAUGGGUUGAACUCUCCAGUGCCAAAGUCCUAUUUGAAGCAGAAGCAGAUGCUGGAUAUGCAAAACAAGGCAGUUGUUGAUGCACUGUACAAGGGGUUGGUAAAUGGUCACACACAGACUGCAGCCAAAUUUCUGGCUAGUGAUUUGGAGUGGUGGUUCCAUGGACCUCGACAGUGCCAACACAUGAUGUGGGUACUAACUGGGAAGUCUGUCCACACUGACUUCAGGUUCAAGCCAAGAAGGAUUGAGGUUGUUGGUGAUUAUGUCAUUGCUGAGGGAUGGGAAGAGAAAAAUGCAUAUUGGGUUCAUGUAUGGACCUUGAAAGAUGGUAUCAUCGUGCAGUUAAAAGAGUACUUCAAUACAUGGCUGACGGUGAGAAAAAUAAGGCCAAAAAAAAGUGAAAACGGGGAUGAAAGUAACACCUUGUGGCAGAGCCAACCCAAGAACGUGACAUGCAGCUCCUUACCAGGGCUUUUACUGGCAAUCUAG